AUGGAGUAUCAAAGGGUACCGGUUAUGCUGGUCAUUGGUCUGCUGGCACUGACACAUGCUGUGGAUCCAGAAUCUUCAACAAGAGAUAAGCUCGUUGAACUCAAGGAACAGUUGGAAGAAAACAUAGAUCAGGUUUCCAAAAUCACAAAUGAUGGUAGGGAGUUGACUGGGAAGAUGACAAGAUUAAUCUCUAUGAUCAAAGAGCUCAUUAUUGGUUCCACAAAGUCGUUUCGCCGGGAAGUUUCAAAAAUGACGAGGAUCGAGAGGGAGAUUAACGACGCACUCAGAGAUGCUUAUCCAAAAUUAACAUCAAUUGGAAAUAGUUCCACUCAAAUGCUUAGCGAUAUUGAUGAACUCUUGAUGAAUCCAGCAGCUGAGGAUGUCAUUGCGGAAAAGAUAGCGGAGGCUGAGCAACUAUUGCAGGACGAUGGCGCAGUACUUAGAGAAAUCGAUGAGAAACGUGCAGUCUGGGAUUCUAGAUUUGGGGAGAUUUCCAGGAUGGGAAAGAUUAUUAAGCUCCACUUUUUGUUUAGAAGCGCAAAAAGACUUUUUUGGGACUCGGGUGAUGAUAAAAAAGAUCCUCCCAUUAAUGAAGUGAAGCCAGAGUCAGAGGAUGGAGACUCUGAGUCCGAUUCAUCUAAGGCGCAAAAUUCGAAAACUUUGGAAAAUCUAACGGAAAUUCAGACAAACUUGAAAAAGUUUAUGAUUCACCUAAACACCGCCAAGGAAGAUGUCUACCAGAGAAUGAAACGGGCGAGAGAACUUUGUGAUGAAUCUAAAAGAUAUGUGAGAGGCUCAAGAGGUGUAGAAAAUGCACACCGGGAUCUGAUGGAAAAUAAACGCCGGAUCGACGACAUUGGUGUACCUGCCGUACGCUUAAUUGAAGACAAGGAAAAGGAUGUUGGUAGGAAUAUUGAUACCAUUAACAACUGCAUCAACACCAUAAAUUGGAAUCAAGGACGUGAGUUUUUUAGCGAGGAUAUGAAAGAACGAUGUAAAAACGAAAUGUCAACUACUCCAGAAGACUACCUCCGGGAUGUUGCAAGGAAAGUUGAAGAGAUGGAUGAUAUCAUAAUGACAAUGGAGCGUAUUGUAAAAGAGGAGGAAUAUGGUGAAACAAACGUCUUUGGGAGAACAAGAGCUAGACGCAUACGACGUCACAAGGAUAUGGUAGAUGAUGAUCAGGAUACUAAUGUAGAUCCAGAACCAGACGUUCAAGAAGAUGAAAAAGAAAAGAAUGGGUUUGACAAUGUGAGCAUGCUCGUCAUUACUGCAAUAUUGUUAACUACACUUUGUAUAUAA